AAAAAGAGGGGGAGGGGGCAGUGGAGGUGGGAGUGGGAGUGGGAGAGGCGAGUUGUGAAUUAUCACAUCACUCCCUUGAAUCAAUCGUGGUUUGGAAGGAAGACGAUGUUAUUUUUCGGAUAGACCGGCUAGUUCAGACAUUUCAUUCCUCUUCCGAUAACUGGAGGAAACAAUGACGUUUUUGGAGUGGAGACGUUUCAACUUUUUCCAAGUGGAGAGGGAUGUGGAUUCAGGGAAGGUCAGGGAGAGUCUGAAGGACAAGAAAAUUCUAACUUCCAGUAGUGGAAAUGGUAACUUAGUUUUCGGAGAUUCCGAAGGAAGUAUCCACCUAGUGACAAGAGGGUUUAAUGUCACAACAAUAAAUGCAUUUGAGUUACGAGUAUGUUUAGUGCAGAUGAUGCAACAUUCUCCCCUCAUAGUUGCUAUAGGCGAGGAUGAGCCAGGAAUAAAUCCAUUGAUAAAAGUAUGGAAUUUAGAAAAAUUAGAUAAACAAGGGUUGCCAAUGUGUGUACGCAUAUCUCGGACUAUUCCAAAUAAUCGCCCCACCCCUGUAUCCACAAUAUGUGUACAUGAAAAUCUGAAUUUGAUGGCUGUUGGUUUCACUGACGGCUCAAUUCUACUUUAUAGAGGGGAUAUUGCCAGAGAUCGAUUAUCAAAACAUAAAGUGCUCCGAGAUGGAGGAAUGCUGCCUGUGACAGGAUUAGCAUUUAGGUCAACAGCUAAACAAACUUUUCUUUUUGUUGCAACUGUAUCAAGUGUGUUUUCAUAUAAUAUCACAACAAAGGAUAAGGAAGAAAAGAUUGAUCUUGAUAAGGAAGGAUGUGAGAGAAAUUGUUCAACCUCAACCGAAUCAACGCAUGAUGGGCAGUUCAUGAUUGGACGAGAAGAUGCUGUGUACUGUUACACUGCUGAUGGAAGAGGUCCCUGUUAUGCUUUCAAAGGAAUAAAAGUAAUGUUAGAGUGGUAUCGCAAUUAUCUGGUUAUUGUGACAAAAGAGAAUAAAUCAGUAACGAGAGCCAGCACUGCUACUUCCCCAACAACUCCGGAUACUCCAGGUGGAAUGAUAGGAAGUAAAUCAGGUUCUGAAACCCACAUGGUAACGGUGUUAGACAUUCAGAACAAAUUCAUUGUCCUUCAAACGCCUAUGCAAGAUGUAAUCUCUGUAUUAUCUGAGUGGGGUUCACUUUAUGUUUUGAGCGGUCAAUCUGAUCCUUGUUUAUUCCACUUUCAAGAAAAAGAUUUGCAGUCAAAGCUGGGGCUAUUAUUCAAGAAGAAUUUGUAUGAUGUGGCAAUAAGGAUAGCUAAAAGCAAUCAAUAUGAUGCUGAUGGCCUAACUGAUAUAUUUCGUGAGUAUGGGGAUCACCUUUAUGCUAACAAAGGAGACCAUGCAGGUGCCAUUGAACAGUAUAUAAAAACAAUUGGAAGACUUGAGCCUUCCUAUGUUAUUCGAAAGUUUUUGGACUCACAGCACAUUGAGAACUUGACCACUUAUCUGCAAGAAUUGCACAAACAUGGCCAUGCUACCGAAGACCAUACAACAUUGCUUUUGAAUUGUUAUACAAAACUUGAUAAAACAGAUAAAUUGAAAGAAUUUAUCAUGACCAAAGAUCGAGAAGUUGAUUUUGAUGUUGAGAUUGCUAUUAAAGUUUGUCGUCAAGCAUCAACUGAAGAUGCCUUGCUACUUGCUCAGAAACAUAAAAUGCAUGACUGGUACCUUAAAAUUCAAAUUGAAGACCAAGGUGAUUGUAAACAAGCUCUUGAUUACAUUGGCAAGUUGGAUUUUAGCGAGGCUGAAACUAACAUGAAAAAGUAUGGGUGCAUACUUCUUCAGAAUUGUCCUAAUGAAGCCACUCAAUUGCUGAAAAGAUUGUGUACAGACUACAGACCAAGUAACAAACCUCUUGUAGAUAAUAAUAUGCUGCAGGGAAACAUAAACCCACUUGUUGACCGUGCCAAUCCAGCAGAUUUUAUCCAUCUCUUCACUGAAUGCCCUAAGCAUUUGGAAGAAUUUUUGGAGUAUUUGCUACAGGAACAUACAGAAUGGAAUCCUUUACUUUACAAUACACUCUUAGAGCACUACCUCAAUUCUUGGGGAACUCUUGCUUCAGCAGGAACAGUUGAAACAUCUCGGCGGCUACACUAUGAACAGAAUAUCAUGAGACUUCUCCAAAAUCCUGACUCCCGUUAUGAUAAAGAUCAGGUUUUGAUACUCUGUCAAGCAAACAAUUUCCGUCCCGGAGUUCUCCAUCUCUUAGAAGAAAAUCAUUUAUAUCAGCAAAUUCUACAAUACCACAUGAUACAACGUGACUACAAGGAAGUUCUUAGCACCUGUCAACGGUUUGGCAAACAAGAUCAUAAUUUAUGGGUUCAGGCGUUGUGGUACUGCGCUCGGGACUCGCACACUCCAGCUGAUCUAUUAGAAGAAAUUCUUCUAGUCAUUGAGAAAGACAAAUCAUUGCCUCCUUUGCUUGUGUUGGAUGCCCUGUGCACCUCUUCUGAUGUAACUCUAGCCAAUGUGCGCAGUUAUUUGUUGAAUGUACUAACCGCAGAAAGUAAGUUAGCUCGGAGGGAGCAGGAACUAGUGCAAAAGUAUCACGAAGAGAGUGAUCGUAUUCGCCAACAAAUUCGAAAUAUUCAAACGAAGUCGAUGAUUUUUCAAGUAUCACGCUGUAGUGCCUGCAAUCAACCUCUUGAGCUACCUUCAAUCCACUUCUUGUGCCAGCAUUCUUAUCACCAGCAUUGCUUUCAUAGCUUCUCCGAGAAUGAAAAUGAGUGCCCCUCAUGUCUUCCUAACAACAAAAAGAUUUUGGACGUAAUUAAAGCACGUGAGCAAACCAGAGAUCUGCAUGAAACCUUCCAUGACCAGCUUAAUAAAGCUGAAGAUGGCUUUUCCCUUGUUGCUGACUAUUUUGGAAGAGGUGUCUUCAAUAAGCUGACUGUUGUCACAGACACCCCUAUCCCAAUGCUUCAAAAAUCUACUCUCAGUGAUAAGACCAACUCAUCCACUGGAGCAGGGGCGGAGGCCCGUUUGAGAAUUGCUGAGCAACCCUCCUCCUUUAGAGGACAAGUUGGAAUGCACAAUCAACCUCAGUCUAACUUUCCAGCUACAUCAGCCACUUCUCGGACUGCACAUAUAAGCCCAUCUCAAGUCCAAACAGAUUUUGCUGCUUUGUCAGUAGGAUCUCAAAAUAGUUCCCCUAAAUUCAGUCCAUACACUCCUAAAUUGUAUGAGACUCGUCAAGAGGCAAGUGGAAGUUCAGUUAGUACGAAGGGAAAACUUGUUCCUCCUAUUUCAAGAGUAGUACAACCUAAAAUUAAUCCUGUCUCAGUACAGACGGAACAAACAUCUAAAAAUCCAUUUGAGGAUGAGGAUGAUGACAGUACAAACCCCUUCUCUGAUGCAGUUGAGUCCACUACUAAUAGUGCUGUAGGGCAAAGUAAGUCCAAGCCUGAGAGUGCUGCUUACUCAACCAAUCCAUUUGGUGAAGAAGAGGAUGAUGAUCCAACCAAUCCAUUUGAUGAGCCUGAUGAUUAUGAUAAAGAAAAAAAUCCUUUUGGCUGUUCAUAAUUUAAGGUUCACCAUCUUGUAGAAACGUAAAGAGGUUUAUAUUUUGUGAUACUUGUAGUCACUACCUUAGUGAAUUGUUGAAUAGAUUCAAGAUAUGUAGCCAGCAGUAGGUAUCUUUUAAUAACACUUUUUUAUAAACAAAAGUUUGUGAUAAAUAUGAGUAGUAACUAUAUUCUUGGACAUGAGUGCUUUAAGAAGUUGAUACUUUUCCAAUUGUUCAUUAAAAGAAGGGUUUAAAUUUUGAAUGAAAUGCUGUACGUAUUUUGCAUAUAGUAUGUUAUUGUAUAUAAUUUUUUAUUUCCGUAGAAAAUGAGAACUAUAGUAAUAAAAGAUAAGAUAACUCAUUGUA